UGCAUCCCGUACAAACCGUAAAACUCGUAUUCAUGUCCGCUUAAUUUCAUCGAAUGAACGAAACUCGAUACCUGAUGAGUGUUUAACAACAUUUUGUGUUGAUAACUAAAAUGGACGCUAUAGGUACACUUUCGUCUUUACUAGUCCGCCUAAGAAGUUUUGCCAGUUUAAAGAGUUCCGAAGAAAUCCCCUUUGACACAGUUCGAGCCUUUAGCGUAGAUCUCUACGACUUCUACUACUUCGCCUGCGAAUCCCUGCACGAUUACGACGUAAUAAAACUCCUUAAGGAUUGCAGCGUAGAAUACGUGAAUUGUGUCGAUAGUUUACUGGAAGCGGGUAUAAUAGAUGAACGUGACGACAUUAAGCUUUUGUGCGAUAGAUUGGAAAUACUUCUGGUACUUUCGUCAAUCGAAGGGAUCAAGGAUGAGUAUGCGAGGUUGGUCGUUGUGCCACUGAUUGAGAAAGCGAGCGAGCCCGACGAACGCUUGUACUUCAGUAAGGAGUUGCUUAAAUUGGUCCUUCUAAUGGUGGAGAAGGUUUGCGGUGAGGUCAAGGAAGCUAUUGUGAACGACAAUGCCCUACAGUUUUACAAGCUAGUGGAUAUGUUAAGCAUGUGCGCGGAUUAUGGCCAUCAGUUCACUAUAAUGAAAAUCAUUUUUUGUUUAUUCUCCGAUGAGCAAUUACAAAAUCGUGCCCAUAUAAUGUUCCCCGGAUCUGAUACGGCAGCAAGUGAUUUAAAGAACGUCAGCCUUCAAACUUUCAAUAACGAUAUCAGACACUUUUUGAACAAUUUUAAUUCGAAGAGUCGCCGAAUAAAGUCGUUCAAAUUCGAUUUCGCAUUUUUGGAUUCGUAUGUGAUAACUGCACCCAAUGUUCUCGAUGAUAACAUUUGGGUGGAUUUUAAUCUGGCGAUUAAAUCUAUUACAAUUCUUUGUAACAAAAAGUCGUUAAUUUUCAACACUUCUAUUGAAGAUGACUUUGCCCUAGAGGAACUCACUGUUUAUUUCGACAAUGUGGAAGCAGUCGAUAUAGUGAAAUUGAAGAAAACCGAAUCGGGAUCGUUGGGGAACAAAAUACGAUUUAAGCUCAAAACCCCAUAUGCUGUCGUUCACAGUUCAUCAGAAAAUGCCGCAAAUGCUAAUUAUUUAAAUUUAAUCCUUUUCGAUAGUACCGAGUUAAAUGAGUUAGCGAAAGAAGUGUUACCAUUGAUUUUUGCCGACCAUGAAGAGGACAAUGUGUGUGAACCAAAGAGGCCAGAUCAUUUAACGGAAAACUUUAGUUGUAUACUAACAAAUAACGAAAGAUCACCAGUGGGGGAAACAUUUGAAAAUGGGUUGAAAAAAUCAAGACGCAGUGUAGGUUCCUGCAGUACACUGACAAUGCCAGAUGGAAUGAGGCUAGUAAGGAGAGCGACGGAAGUAGAAUAUGAACAUCCUAAAUCUCCAAGUAUUAAAUUAAGGCGAAGGGCAAUUUUACAAAAUAUUGCAAAUUUUGAUUCUUCCAUCGGUCGAGGAAAAGGUUCAGCUAGCUCCCGUCAAUUGUUGGAACCAAGCAAAGUUUGCAAACUUAAAAACCAAACAUUUGACCUUGAAGCGACUGGAGAUAUUUCUGUCAAUGAAGGUAUUAAAUCGCAUGGACAAUUUCUCGGCAGCCCUCUUGAACCGCACGACAUUUCACAAGUAGCCCUUGUUAAAUCUAUAGAUACAACAGUAAUUGGCGAAGAAACCAAUUCUGAAAGUGACAAAACCAGCAUCGAUUAUGUUCGUAAUGAAAAUCUAGUAACAAUUAUUACUAAUGACUCACAAAACAUAAUUGCGGAACAGUCGCAAUUGGCCACCGUUGGUGGCUGUAAUGAAUCUGCUUCAUGUUUCACGAUUAAAUCAGAUGAGUGUGUGUCGAUAUCGAGUGAUAGUGGAUCUUGUGAUAUUCACUCUCGCAGUACAAUCAUUAUAACACAGUUCAGCGAUUCAGAAUAUGAAGCCAGCACAGUUAUAAUAGACUCCCCUAAUAGUAGGAGUGACACAUUUUAUAGCAAAGUUACUACCAAUGACUUGGAGCCAAAUAGUUCAAAGCUAAUUAUUGGUAUUGAAACAGACAAGAUUCAUGAUCAUUGCUCGAAACAAACACAAGAAGUGGAUCGUCAACAAAGUUCUGAAUAUUUACAAUCCAAUCAGUCACCUACAAUGAGAAUCAAUAACAACAAAGCGUUAGAUAGAAACAAACAAAAAGAAGAUGUUGUUAGCAUAAAGGUAACACCCGAAAUUCCGAAACAGAUUGGCGUGGAAAGACAGAAAAGUGAAACGUCAUUAUCAACUCCCAAGAAAACUCAAAGCUUCGUAAAUAUUGUAGAUGACGAUGAAGAAAAUGAGGAAGGAAAAAAUGCAAAUAUAAUUCAAAAGAAAGAAAAAAGAAAAUACGAUGAAGACAAUAAGCUACUGUAUAAAAUGUCGAAAAAACAGAAGAAACAAGAUAAAGAUCUAGAUACCUUAUUGUCCCCUGCCUCAAAGUUAAUUAAAAGUAAAGAAACCAGAAAAUACAACGAUGAAAAUAAUCCAAGAUACCAAAAGAAGGAACAAUAUAAAACUGUCUCGCCAUUAAUUGCCCAAAAAAUUGAACCAAGUAACGUUGAUUUGUUUGAACCAAGUGAAAGCACCAAAAAGAUACAUAAGAAAAUGAUAAAAAACUUGAAAUAUUUAAAGGUGGAAAUUAGCACCGAGUGCCAAAAUAUUUUAAAGGCAUAUAUGAAAAAGCAAAGACGGCUUAGUAGUUUGCGAAAACUAUACAAUCCAAAUAGUAUGUUUACUCCGAACUGUGCAAGUGGUAUUAAAAUGACUACUGCGGCAGAAAUUAAAAAAGACAAUAGUCUAAGCGAACCUUCUAUGUCAGGAGAAGAAGACGGUACAAAUCCAAUCCUGCUCAAUUAUGUAAAUGAAAAAAGUAUCAACAUAUUGCAAAACAUUGUUAUAAAAACUGCAAAUACAAACAAUGUUGCUUCUACAUCCACUCCAUUGGAUAUUGAAAGGUCCUCCGUACCUAAUGCGAGACAGCACAAACACGUGAAAGCUCCUCCCAGUUCGCUAGACAUUGACAGAUCAAUGGUAUCUAAUGUGAAACAACAUACGAAAUUUGUGUCUAGUCCAUUAGCUAUUGAAUCUCCAGUACUUAAUGUGGAACAUGUAAACAUUACUCCCAGUCCAUUAGACAUUGAGAGAUCUCCGGUACCCAAUGUGAAACAACAUGCGAAAGCUACACCUAGUUCAUUAAAGAAUGGAAGAUCUCCAGAAUCUGGUGUGAAACCUAGGUCUAGUCCACUAGACAUUGAAAGAUCUCCAGAAUCUAAUCAGAAACAUGUGAAAUCUACGCCUUAUAGUCCAUUAGAUAUUAAAAGAUCUGGUGUGAAACAACACAGACAACAUGCGAAAACUACACAUAGUUCAUUAAACAUUGAAAAUGGCGUGAAACAAUAUGUGAAACCGAGGUAUACUCCACUAAACAUUGAAAGAUCUCCAGGAUCUAGUGAGAAACAACAUGUGAAACCUAGGUCCAGCCCAUUAGACCUUGAAAGUUCUCCGGUACCUGAAGUGAAACAACACAUGCAACAUGUGAAAUCGACGCCCAACCCCUUACAUAUUGAAAGAUCUUUAGUAUCUAGCGUGAAACAACAACACAAACAACAUGCGAAACCUACGCCAAGGCCAUUAGACUUUGAAAGAUCUCCUGAUGCGAAACAACAUGCAAAAUCUAAGCUUAAUCCAUUACACAUUGAAAGAUCUUUAGCAUCUGAUGUGAAGCAUCGGAAACAACAUCUGAAACAUCCAUCUAGAUUUGGAGAUUUAGAUAACCGUGAUGAAGAUUUAAAUGGCUCAGAAUUUAUGACGUUGUUGAAAUCGCUACACCAGACGAUAAUAGAAGGCACUAAAGCUUAUGGUCCAAACAAGAAUCGAUCAUCGACGUACACAAAAGGAAAAAGAUCUGCAAACAAAAGAAAGUAUCCUAAAUUAAGAGCGCAAGGGACAUGCUUCGAUAAAAGUAGUAGCGAUGAUGAUAGUUCGGAAGUGAUUUUGAAACGGUACAGUGAUGCUUGCAACAAAGUUGGCAAGUUCUUGUACAGUCACCAAAAGAAAGGAUCGACUCCGCACUUUGAGAGAGUAUCACGAGUAAUUCUCCAAGAACAUAGCAAGAUAUAUGACCGAAUGCUGGAUGUAGAUCAAGCAUACAGAACGAAUUACAAUCUGAAAGAAAGCCUUGUAAAUACUGAAUUUAAAAGAUACUUACACAAAUAUGUUAAGUAGGUAAUUUUAUUUAUUAAUGACUAGUUAAUGUUUUGUUGAAAAAUUGUAUUCUUUUGUUUAUAAUUUACCUACGUAUUUGUAGG